AAUUGAUCUGUCAACUUGUUUCAAAUGUAGAUCCUUUCCAAGAGCGCUUACAAAAGCGAGUGGGGUCGUACACACGCGCGCAGUCUACCAUCGGGUCUUUUGAGAUACACUCAAAAAUAUCAUAACAUUUGAAUUACCUAUUUUUGAAGCGCUUAUUAAAUAAGCUAAGAAAGCUAAGCAUAAGCUACAAAUUUCACAGUUACGACAAUUUACCCACAGUCCAUCGAAGAAGCUAUAUUAUUUAAAAUACUAAAUAUUUUUGAAUAAGAAUGAUGUACAAGUUAUUUGUGGUGUUGGUAUUGUGUUGGGGUGUUGAAAGUUUCCCGGAUGGAGCGCCCGUCGAUGCGUGCGUGAAGAACCGACCCAAUCAACCGAACCAUGGACAGCACAGAUCACAGCCUUUGAGCACUUUGCCUUAUAGGGUGCAAGCGUCUUCGGCUACUUAUGGGCCAGAAUCGGCUAUUACAGUGACAAUCGAAGGAGCGGAACCUUUCAAGGGUUUCUUCAUCCAGGCCCGCUCGGUGGAGACGGACGAGUGGCUGGGCUCGUGGGAGCAGGCGCCCAAUACAACCAUCCACCCGGAGUGCUCUUCGGUCACUCACGCCGACCCCAGGGAGAAAAGCAGGGCGACAUUAGUAUGGCGGGCACCCGCUAACACACAAGGCAGGGUCUAUUUCACAGGAACAGUCCUAAAGGACUAUGGGACGUUCUGGGCAAACAUUAUCGCCGAGGCACCACAGGACCCUGCGCAGUUACAACUACUUGGUUGAUCAAGAUUACCACCAAAAUUAUUAAGUAUACGAGUUUGAGAUAAGAAUUUUGAUGCAAAAGUAAGAGAUUGCUAACACCUUUUAUUUAUAUCUAUAUAUAUAAAAAUAUGAUGAUUUAUCUCUUCUUUACAAGAGGACAACAAGAGUUGUUUACUCUAAUCAGGUGCCAAAACUGUAAAAUAUAUAAAACUGGUACCUACCGAAAUUACAACAAGACGAAACGUCCAAUAAUUCAGAUUUGUUUUACUUAACGUGUUUCUUGUCCUUGUUGCAUAUAAGAAUGGUCAGCUGUAGGUAGUACAAGUACUUUAUAUACAUUAUCAUAUAUUAAUAUUUUAACACAACCUUAAUUAUUAUUAUUUUCUUUAGAUUUAAACAUGAAGCAGUUACAUGCUUCAAAAAAAAUUAUAACAACCUUAAUGUUUGUUUCAACCACGAGAAAGAAGCGGUUUGGGUGUUACAAAGUCUGUAGAAAACGGAGCCUAAAAAUUCAAAGAAUAAAUCGCGCUUAUUCUCGUUCGAAAAGCAUACAAUAGGGAUGAUGAUUAUUUUUUUUCUUCGUUUAUCAGGUAGAUUAUCAAAAAGUAUUGGACACAUAUUUUUUCUUUUUUCACAUAAUAUAAACAUUGCAGAGAUACAUUGAUUUGAAAAGUCGCAUGACGUCACGUUUGAGUACACUUUUAAGUGAAAAUUCACUAGCAUCACGGACACAAGAAAAAAUACGUGUCCAUUAUUUUUUGAUCAUCUAACUGACGGACUAAAUAGAAUUUCGAUUACUGUACCCCGUCGUCACCCCUAUUAAGAGUGUCAAACUUUGUUCGAGGUUCUUUUAGUUAUAAUCGGAUCGUACUGGGAAACGAACUUUAAAAAUAUAAUUUUGGUACUUGCUUAUUUGGCCGUUAAUAACUUUGGCUAAUAAUCAACCUCUUUUAAAUAAUUAUAAGGUGAUUAGCAUUCUAUUGUCUGUUGUUAUAUUAUACUUAUUAUGUUUUUAUAUCAUUGGAUAAUAAAACAAUUUGUAAAGACUCGUUCAUAUCAAAUUUGAGAUUGUAAGGUGGGGGAAAAUUGAUUGUCGUUGGCAUCAUGACAAAUUGGUGCUUAUUAGAUUAUUGUUGAUGUGCAAUUAAUUAAUUUAUGAUUAAAGAUUAUUUUAAGUGCAUAUUUGUAUUAUUUAUCAGCUACGGGUGCAAAUAAAACAUGGAAAUAGUAAGUAUAAAUAAAUUAUAUAUUGUAAAGUAAAAUAAAUGCAUUCUUUUACAAUGUUAUUAUGUCCAGUCAAGUUUUAAAUAAAUUAUAAAUGUUAAAUUGUUACAUUUUCUUAUAGUAUUCGGUUGAGCGGACUCGGACAAUCUCUCAUUUACACUCCAUUCACUCGUGAACUAAGCUAAAAUAAAAAAUAAACAACCAAAAUUUUAAAUAAUCUCGAUUUUUUUUCUCCGAUUCCUUGUUUUUAGGAAUCAAUUACGAAAACCUUACAAGUUAAUACCUGUGUUGAGCACGUAUAUAAAACAAAGUUGCUCAUGAAAUUAAGUUUUAAAACAAUGUACCAAUCUAGACAAUACAACAACAGUUUGUACGUUAUAGCCAUUAUUAAAAAACGAUGUUUAUGAAUUUGAUUGCAUUGUUCUGCGGUACAAAUAGAAUGACUAAAAACUAUUAUUACAUGAAGAAUAAGCAGUUGUUUGUUAAGGAAAUGUCUUUAGCAUUACACUAAAUUAAUCAAGAAUUUGCACGCAACAUUAUUCAGUUUUGGAACCUUAGGCACAAUGGUGCAAAAUCUGUAAGUUAUUUAUGUGAAACCAAGAAUAUUUUUGUGAAGCCUGCCUCUCCAAAUUCACUGACCGGUUAGCUUAUCUGACAGAUAGUGGACAAUUUCAAUUCCACAUAAGCUUAACAGAAUCAUAAUCUAACAAAGCAACUUGUGAUCACUGAUCUCUUCAUAGAGAGACCUAAUAUUUUGAAUUUGAUUGUCAGACAACACUCAGUAUCAUUUAUUCAGAUGCAAAAUAUUGCACAAAACAUUAUCAGUCUAAACACACACUAUGUUGCAGAAUUUGCAUCAACCUCGACUAAACGGAUACAGACUUGAGAGAUUCAUUACAUCAUAUAGGCAAAAACAUCGCUCUUAUGCAAUGCAAUGUUGAAUAAAAAAAUAAAUAUUUCAUAUUAAGGCACUAAGCAGCAAAUAAAAUGUGUUGAAAAAUACAAAAUUAUUCGUUUACACAUGUCAAAUGCGUUCUGUUAUAAAAGCGUUAAGCAAAAUCCGACCUUAUUUGAUUAAACUUUACGAUGGAUUCUUCUGUUUCAUAACUGGUCGCUUGAUGUUCAUGAGAUCGCAUAGGUCAUUCCUUAUAGGUCUUAAUUCGUUCACGUCCUUUUCCCAGUCUGUGUCAGCAAGGACCGCCAUAAU